CGGCUUCUCGGCGGGUGAGAAGAGCCGCGGUCAUCGAUUCUCUAGGCGUCGCGCGCCUGUGGCUUGGUCGCUAGGUCCCGGCCGAGCCCGGCCUUUCCUUCGGGGCUCUGUGCCCCGAACGUCGGCCUCAUCUGCCCUGUCGUGGGAUUAUCCCCCCCAGUAAUUUGAUUGCAGAAGACUUCGGUCAGGAUGGUUUCCAAGAAAAGGCUGUCAAAAUUGGAGGAUAAAGAGAGCCUGACAGAAGAUACUUCCAAAGCCAGCAAGCAACCGCUUUCCAAGAAGACAAAGAAAUCUCACGUUCACGAUGAAGUGGAAGAAAACGACAGUGUUUUUAUAAAGCUUCUUAAAUCAUCAGGAGUUAUUCUUAAAACAGGAGAGAGUCAGAAUCAACUAACUGUGGAUCAAAUUGUUUUCCAAAAGAAGCUCUUUCAGACUCUGAGGAAACAUCCUUCUUAUCCCAAAAUACUAGAAGACUUUGUUAGCGGCCUAGAAUCCUAUAUUGAGGACCAAGACAGUUUCCGGAACUGCCUUUUGUCGUGUGAACGGCUGCAGGAUGAGGAAGCCAGCAUGGGCGCAUCUUACUCUAAGAGCCUCAUUAAAUUGCUUCUGGGAAUUGACAUAUUACAGCCUGCCAUUAUCAAAGUCUUAUUUGAAAAGUUGCCAGAAUUUAUUUUUGAAAAUGUGAACGGUGAUGGACUUAAUGUGCCUAGACUCAUCAUCAGUCAAUUGAAAUGGCUUGACAGAAUUGUGGAUGGCAAGGAUCUCACCACCAAGAUCAUGCAGCUGAUCAGUGUUGCUCCACUGUCCCUGCAGCAUGACUUCAUUACCAGCCUGCCUGAGAUCCUUGGGGAUUCCCAGCAUGCUGAUGUGGGGAAAGAACUCAGUGACCUUUUCAUGGAGAAUACUUCACUCACUGUCCCUAUCUUGGAUGUCCUUACCAGCCUCCAGCUUGACCCGAAGCUCGUGUCUCAGGUAGGAAGGACUAUGCUUUCCAGACUAUCCAGUAUGAAAGAGCAGAACAUACAGCUUAAUAUUUAUUUUCCACAGGUAAUUUCUGAGCUGCGGGAGAAGUUGGAUCUGCAGCAUUUUAUUUUGCCAUCGUUGUUUCAGGCUUCCCAAAGCAAGUUGAAAAAUAAAGGACGACAAAGUUCUUCAGGAAAUCAAGAAACCAGCAGUCAGGACUGUGUUACUCUCUUCUUUGAUGUGAUAAAGUCAGCUGUUAAAUAUGAGAAAAUCAUUUCGGAAGCCUGGAUUAAGGCAAUUGAAAACACUUCCUCAGAGUCUGAACACAAGACUUUUGACUUGGUGAUACUUUUCAUCAUCUAUAGCACCAACACUCAGACCAAGAAGUAUGUUGAGAGGGUGCUAAGAAAUAAGGUUCGAUCAGGCUGCUUUGAAGAACAGCUGCUACAGAGUACAUUCUGUAUUCAUUUCUUGGUCCUUAAGGAUAUUUGUCCAUCCAUUCUGUCGCUGGCUCAAAGUUUGUUGCACUCCUUAGACGAGAGUAUCAUUUUGUUUGGCAGUCUCCUCUACAAACACGCAUUUAAGUUUUUUGACACAUACUGCCAGCAGGAAGUGGUUGGCGCCCUAGUGACCCAUAUCUGCAGUGGGAACGAAGCUGAAGUGGAUACUGCUUUGGAUGCCCUCCUCGAUUUGGUAGUUCUAAACCUAUCUGCCAUGAGGCUGCAUGCCGUCUUUGUGAAGGGCAUUUUAGAUUAUCUGGAUAAUAUGUCCCCUCGGCAGAUACGAAAACUGUUCUAUAUCCUGAGCAUGCUGGCGUUUAGCAAACAGCAUGAAGCCAGCAGUCACAUCCAGGAUGACCUGCACCUGGUGAUACGAAAGCAGCUCUCCAGCACCAUCGUCAGAUACAAACUCAUUGGUAUUAUUGGUGCUGUCACCAUGGCUGGCAUGAUAGCGGCAGACAGAAGUAGAUCUUCAAGUUUGACCCAAGGGAGAACAGACAUGAGCAAUGAACAGUAUACACAGGUGACCUCCUUGCUUCAGCUGGUUCACUCCUGCAGUAAGCAGUCUCCCCAGGCCUCUGCACUGUAUUAUGAUGAAUUUGCUACUCUGAUCCAAACAGGAAAUCUGGCACCAAAAGCCCUGGAAUGGGCUGGGCAGACCAUCUUUAAUGAUUUCCAAGAUGCCUUUGUGGUGGACUUAUGUGCUUUUCCAGAAGGUGACUAUCCAUUUCCUGUGAAAGCUCUCUACGGACUCGAAGAAUACAGUAGCCUUGAUGGGAUCGCCAUCAACCUCCUGCCGCUUUUGCACUCUCAGGACUUUGCAGAAGAUGGGGGUAGAACGACUUCACAGGAAUCAGACCAGAAAUUGGUGUCUCCGUUGUGCCUGGCUCCGUAUUUCCGGUUACUGAGGCUUUGUGUGGAGAGACAACAUAAUGGAAGCUUGGAGGAGAUUGAUGGUUUAUUAGAUUGUCCUAUAUUCCUCACUGACCUGGAGCCUGGAGAGAGGCUGGCGUCCAUGUCUGUUAAAGAGAGUUCAUUCAUGUGUUCACUCAUAUUUCUUACUCUCAACUGGUUCCGAGAGGUUGUAAAUGCCUUCUGCCAGCAAACGUCACCUGAGAUGAAGGGGAAAGUGCUCACCCGGUUAAAGCAUAUUGUGGAGCUCCAGAGAAUCCUGGAAAAGUACUUAGCAGUCACCCCAUACUAUGUUCCACCCCUUGCAGACUUUGACUUGGAAACUUUAGGUGUAACACCUGCCACUACUGCUGCUAUUUCAGCAAAAAUCAGAAAACAAGGAAAGAUAGGAGGAAGGAAACGGAAAGCAGAUGGCAGCAAAACAUCUUCCUCUGACACACUUACAAAGGAGGAUAGUUCAGAAUGUGUCCCUACACCAUCUGAUAGAAGCCAGCUGGAAAAGGAGUUCAUAGGGAAUGAGGAAAAGACAUCAGUGUUGCUGCAGAAUUACCAUGUUUUUUUCCGAGAACUGGACAUUGAGGUCUUCUCUAUUCUUCAUUGUGGGCUUGUGACCAAAUUCAUCUUCGAUACUGAAAUGCACACUGAAGCUACAGAAGUUGUGCAACUUCAGCCCCCUGAACUACUUUUCUUGCUAGAAGAUCUCUCUCAGAAGCUGGAGAAUAUACUGACGCCUCCUGUUGCCAGGAGAAUCCCCUUCCUCAAGAGUAAAGGACACCGAAAUAUUGGAUUCUCACAUCUCCAUCAGAGAUCUGCCCAACAGAUUGUUCAUAGUGUCGUUCAACUGCUUACUCCAAUGUGUAACCAUCUGGAGAACAUUCACAACUAUUUUCAGUGCUUAGCUGCUGAGAAUCAAGGCGUAGUUGAUGGACCAGGAAUGAAAGUUCAGGAGUACCACAUAAUGUCUUCAUGUUAUCAGAGACUAUUGCAGAUUUUCUAUGCUCUUUUUGCUUGGAAUGGAUUUUUUCAGCCUCAGAAUCUUCAUUUACUGUACUCAGCCCUUGAAGUCCUUACUAACCGACUGAAGCAAAGAGAGCCUGACCAGGCCUUGGAGGAAUUGCUCAGCCAGAGCUUCAAUUACUUGCAGAAUUUCUCUCACAGCAUUCCCAGUUUCCAGUGUGCUCUUUAUCUCAUCAGACUUCUGAUGGUCAUUUUGGAGAAAUCUACAGCUACUAAGAACAAAGAAAAAAUUGCUUCAUUGGCCAAACGGUUCCUCUGUCGGGUAUGGCCACGUGCGGAGAAAGAGAAGAGCAGCAUCUCUACUGAUCAGCUCCAUACUUUGCUCAGCAUCUACCUGGAGCAUACAGACAGUGUUCUGAAGGCCAUAGAGGAGAUUGCUGGGGUUGGUGUCCCAGAACUGAUCAAUUCUCCUAAAGAUGGAUCUUCCUCCACAUUUCCCACCCUAACCAGGCACACAUUUGUCAUUUUCUUCCGUGUGAUGAUGGCUGAACUAGAGAAGACAGUGAAAAGUCUUCAGGCUGGCACAGCAGCAGACUCGCACCAGAUUCAUGAAGAGAAGCUCCUCUACUGGAACAUGGCUGUUCGAGACUUCAGUAUCCUCAUCAACUUAAUAAAGGUGUUUGAUAGUCGUCCUGUUCUGCAUGUAUGUUUGAAGUAUGGACGUCUCUUUGUGGAAGCAUUUCUGAAGCAGUGUAUGCCACUCCUAGACUUCAGUUUUAGAAAACACCGGGAAGAUGUUCUGAGCUUACUGGAAACCUUCCAGUUGAAUACGAGGCUGCUUCAUCAUCUGUGUGGGCAUUCUAAGAUUCACCAGGACAUGAAGCUCACCAAACACGUGCCUUUGCUCAAAAAGACCCUGGAGCUCUUAGUUUGCAGAGUGAAAGCCAUGCUCAUCUUCAACAAUUGCAGGGAGGCUUUCUGGCUGGGCAACCUCAAAAACCGGGACUUGCAGGGUGAAGAGAUACUGUCCCAGACUUCCCAGGAGAGCACAGCCGAGGAGAGUGAGGAGAAUAUGCCAUCCCAGGCCUCCAAGAGCAAAACAGAGGAUGGUGAAGAUGAAGUAAGUGAUGGAGAAAAGGAGCAAGAUAGUGAUGAGAGUGAGGAUGACUCCGAUUAGCCCACAGAGAGACUGCUGCCCCUUCCCCGUCUUUGCUAGCCUCUUCCCGGUUUGUGUCUAGGGUUUGAAAUCUGUCUGCCCUCCUUCCUGGAAGCAUCCUAUUUUGUCCCUGGGGUGGUGGGCUUUACUGAGUCAGCUUAGUUGUGAAUUUCAUAAGUUGUCUCUCAGCAUCGAAGACUGUGGCUCCUCUAGCAUUACUCACUGGUCUUGGGCAAACGUGGCCGUGCUGUGCUGCAGAAUAAUCACGAUUCUGGGCUUUGGGAGCUAGUUUUGAAACUCUUAGAAUUGAAGAUUGUACUGGUUUUACAAAUAAAUUCUGUUUUCAGUUUUGUCUGAA